CCUAAUUACAAUUAUUCUAAAAUACAAUUGUUUUAAUACAAAAAUAUGCAGUUCUAUACCUAUUGUUGCUAAAUCUUUGAUGUUGUGAUUUAGCCAAAUUUAACAAUAAAAUUAUUAUUAUUAUUAUUAAGCCGUAUCCAUAUAUCAUUGAUCCUGCCAAAUUCAUGGUAACCAUUUUUGGACAGGUUGUUCGACCGUCUAAUAUAAAAUUACAAAAAAAGAAGAUUAAACAUUAAAAUGACUUUUUAAAUUCAAAGUGUCAUCACACCUUUCUAAAUCCCAUAAUAUUCCAUUUUCGUAUAUGUUAUCUAAAUUACCUGUAGAAUGAGCAAAACUCAGCGAGAAUGUUUAACCAAAACGAAUUACUUAUUUUAUCAAAAAGCUACCGAACCAAAAGAUGACAGGAAGCCAUCUUAUAAGAAAUCUCCAACGUAUACAGCAACAGUAGACAGAAUCCAACCAAAAAUUAUAAGAAUCUACACUACACCAGAAAUAAAGAAGUUAUGCCCUCCACCACGUGAUACCAAAAAAGCUUUGAUAAAAAAACAACGUAUAUUGUUUCCUUUGCUUGGAAUGGGAAGUAAAAUGUUAAUUGCAGCGGCUUGCGUAUACUUGUCCUAUGAUAUCGGUUUAUGGGGAACUGCUGAGGAUACCGAAGACUUGUAUAGAAAAUUUUGUAAUCUAAGAAAUAAAAGACGAGAUCAAACUGAUAAAUUAUUGCCACCAACUUGUGCGACUCAAAAGGAAAGAUUUCCGUUCAAUAGAUCUACAGCAUAUUGUCAGGAUGACAUCCCUGUGUUUAGUUCAGAAAAAAUGAUUGAAAACUUUCAAAAAACGUGGAACCAUGCCGUGCAGACUAUUGUUACAACUCUAGUUCAACUUCCUUCUACAUUAAGCGAAUAUAUUGAAGAUUUCAAACUGGAUCAAAAUAAUAUUUCCAAUGACGAAUUGCCAAAAAUGGAAACGCUUUGUGAAUGUUGCAAAUCAGAGACAAAAGAAACAUAA